AUGAAUUUAUUUCAAGAAUUGGCAGAUUUUAAGACACAGAAGACUAAAGAGAUAAAACAAUCGGCACUUUUGUUGGCCAACUCGUCGUCUGUUUCGGACAAGUCAUCCAAUGAAGAUACAGAAGACAUCAUUAAUGAUGACUUCAAUAAACUUAUUAAUUCUGAAUAUAAGUUUACAUCAGAUGUCGAAUACAACAGCAAAAUACCUAAUGAUGACCAUAGGAUCAGACUUAAGCAAAGAGGUUAUGAAAUUAAUUCAAUGAAUGCCAUCGAAAAGGGAACCUUUUCACAAAUCUUUGCUAUUACUGAACAGUCAACUAAAAUCAAAUGUGUUGUUAAAGUAUUUCAAUAUAAAGAAUUGGCUCAAAGUGAUGGUCUUUAUCGGGAAUUCACUAAAGAAAUGAUUAAAAUAAUAAAAAUUUUUAAAUCACAAAACAUGAAUCAUCAUCUGAUCCAAUACUACAGACACUUUAUGUACGACAAAAAAGAUAUUUACAUAAUUAUGGAGCAGUCAACCGGUGAUAAUCUUCAAACACGACUCAACAAAUGCAAAGACAAGGGUUUCACUGAAUCGCAAACCUGGAAAUACUUCAAACAGAUCGCUGAGGCCAUCAAUUAUUUACAUACACAGAGUAUAGCCCACAGAAAUCUUAAAUUAGACAAUGUUUUGGUGUUCAAAGCAAAGGAUGGACAGGAAGUGUUGAAAGUAAGCGAUUACUCUACUAAUCGUAUGUACAGAAAAACAGCUAAAACAGUGGUUUAUAAAAGAGACGCAAAAAGUGUUAUAUAUAUGUCGCCACAGAUUUUGAUCUUUUAUACCAAACAUUUGGAACAGAAAUAUAAAAAGUCUGACAUUAAAGAUAUCAAUCCAUUUGAUCCAAUGAAAGGUGAUAUUUGGGCUCUUGGCAUAUGUCUGUAUUGUAUGCUAAUUAAAUCGCCCCCUUAUGGCAUACCUCCUAAAACCAAUGGUUUGACCAAACAAGACGCGGUAAAAGAGAAAAGCAAAUUUGUAAAAGACUGUCUCAACCAAAUCAAAUCAGAUCUAUUGAUACCUAAACAAGUCGAGUGGAAAUUCAGUUAUAACUGCAGAGAUUUACUCAAUGAAAUGCUUGAUAAAAAUGUUCAAAAACGGAUCAACCAUUUCGGUGUUAUCAAACAUCAAUGGACCCAAAAAGGUGACCAAAUUAUCACCAAUAAAACUAAGAAAUGA